AGGGUCAAAUUCACCAAAGAAAUCAAGGGUCUUAAGGUUGAGGUGACGCACUGUGGAACCAUGCGGAGGAAGUACCGUGUGUGUAACGUAACCCGCCGGCCGGCCAGCCACCAGACGUUUCCCCUCCAGCUGGAGAAUGGCCAGACAGUGGAGCGCACCGUGGCCCAGUACUUCAGAGAGAAGUACAACCUGCAGCUCAAGUACCCUCACCUGCCCUGCCUGCAGGUGGGACAAGAGCAGAAGCACACCUACCUGCCCCUGGAGGUUUGUAACAUAGUAGCGGGUCAGCGCUGCAUCAAGAAACUGACGGAUAAUCAGACCUCCACCAUGAUCAAAGCCACGGCACGCUCCGCACCGGACAGACAAGAGGAGAUCAGCAGGCUGGUCCGCAGUGCGAACUACGAGGCGGAUCCGUUUGUGCAGGAGUUCCAGUUUAAGGUCCGGGACGAGAUGGCCCACGUGACGGGGCGCGUGCUACCAGCCCCCAUGCUGCAGUAUGGCGGCAGGAACCGUACAGUGGCCACCCCCAGCCACGGAGUGUGGGACAUGAGGGGGAAGCAGUUCCACACUGGAGUGGAGAUCAAGAUGUGGGCCAUCGCCUGCUUCGCCACCCAGAGGCAGUGCCGGGAGGAGAUCCUCAAGGGUUUCACGGACCAGCUGCGCAAGAUCUCUAAGGAUGCUGGGAUGCCCAUCCAGGGCCAGCCGUGCUUCUGCAAGUACGCGCAGGGAGCCGACAGCGUGGAGCCCAUGUUCAGACACCUGAAGAACACCUACUCUGGCCUGCAGCUCAUCAUCGUCAUCCUGCCCGGCAAGACCCCAGUCUACGCUGAGGUGAAGCGGGUUGGAGACACCCUCUUAGGAAUGGCCACUCAGUGUGUGCAGGUGAAGAACGUGGUGAAGACGUCUCCCCAGACCCUCUCCAACCUCUGCCUCAAGAUCAACGUCAAGCUGGGCGGCAUCAACAACAUCCUUGUCCCACACCAACGGCCGUCAGUGUUCCAGCAGCCUGUGAUCUUCCUGGGGGCAGACGUCACACACCCACCAGCUGGGGAUGGAAAGAAGCCCUCUAUUGCAGCGGUGGUGGGCAGUAUGGAUGCCCACCCCAGCAGGUACUGUGCCACGGUACGGGUGCAGAGGCCCAGACAGGAGGUGAUCCAGGAUCUGGCCUCUAUGGUGCGUGAGCUGCUCAUCCAGUUCUACAAGUCCACACGCUACAAGCCCACCCGCAUCAUCUUCUACAGGGACGGGGUGUCAGAGGGGCAAUUCAGACAGGUGCUUUAUUACGAGCUGCUUGCCAUCCGAGAGGCCUGUAUCAGUCUGGAGAAGGAGUACCAACCUGGCAUCACUUACAUCGUGGUGCAGAAGCGCCACCACACACGCCUCUUCUGCGCCGACCGCAACGAGAGGGUUGGGCGUAGUGGAAACAUUCCUGCUGGCACAACAGUAGAUACAGACAUCACGCACCCCUAUGAGUUUGACUUUUACCUCUGCAGUCAUGCGGGAAUACAGGGCACGAGCCGCCCCUCCCACUACCACGUCUUGUGGGACGACAACUGCUUCACCGCAGACGAGUUCCAGCUGCUCACCUACCAGCUGUGCCACACCUACGUGCGCUGCACCCGCUCCGUCUCCAUCCCCGCGCCAGCCUACUACGCCCACCUGGUGGCCUUCCGCGCCCGCUACCACCUGGUGGACAAGGAGCACGACAGUGCUGAGGGCAGCCACGUGUCGGGGCAGAGUAACGGACGGGACCCCCAGGCUCUGGCCAAGGCCGUGCAGAUCCACCACGACACCCUGAGGACCAUGUACUUUGCCUGAGCAAGUGCACUAGCACAUACAUACAUACAUACAUGCAUACAUACAUGCAUACAUACAUCCGUGUUCAUGUUCAUACAUGCGUGUAUACAUACCACAUUUGGAACACACGCUACUUCAGACACCCCACAACACACAUUUUUUCAUUGACAUGCCUGCACAAGCACACACACACACACACACACACACACACACACACACACACACACACACACACACACACACCCCCUACCAAUCUGUGCAUCCCAAAGGGUCCCCAUCAAGAGCCAACCGAUGGAGCCACCACUGUCUGGAAGUGAAGAAACAGGAGGUGAGGCCGAGAAUGACAGAAAGGAGCAGAAAAGAUACAUGUGUAUGUUUCUAUAUAUAUAUAUGUGUGUGUGUGUGAGAACAGAAGUGAAAGAUGGAGUAGGCCAGUGGUGAAGAGCCCCUCUCCCACCCCCCACCACCAUGUUCAGGCCUAAAACUACAGAUCCCACUUAAAAGAAGAACAGAACUAUAUGCAAUAUCAAACCAGCCAACUGCUUUUAUGACCAUCUCCUCCCUCCAUCCCUCCUUUCUCCUCUUAUUUCCUUCCCACGAAAACACCUCUCCAUCCCUCCCCGCGAGGGGGUGUGUUUGCCGUGUGACGCCCCUCCCUGCUCUUCUGUUUUUGUAAGUGUCUUCAUUCUGAUGUCCCUCUAUGUCAUGCCUCUUACCUCAAGUUUUAUCCACUGCACUUUUUUUUCCAUUAUUUUCUUCCUUUGUUUUAUCUGCUCUUUCCAAAUGCAGUUUAGGGAAUUGAUAAAAACGAAGGGUUAACACUUGGUGUUGUUGGACAGUUGGAGAGACUGUUUCUCUGAUUGUGUGAAUGCAGAUGAGUGUGUGUGUGUGUGUGUGUGUGUGUGUGUGUGUGUGUGUG